AUGGACGCAGAGUUCAAUGCCUUGGCGUCUUACGUGGCGUCUUAUUCCGUUUCAACCAGUCCUGUGGUUAAGCCCACUACGGUACGCCUUCUCUUAUCUUUAGCUGUAUCUCGUGGGUGGACUAUUCGCCAGUUGGAUAUUCACAACGCUUUUUUAAAUGGCGAGCUAGCUGAAACUGUUUACAUGCGACAGCCACCUGGUUAUGAGGACAAGUCAUUAACUGAUCAUGUGUAUCGUGUUACUGCUCUUAUUGAUAAAUUAGCCAUUGAGUUUAAGGUUCGUGAAAUGGGUAUGCCUUCUUUCUUUUUGGGUAUUGAAACUGUCCCGUUAUCUGGCAGUAUGCUUUUAUCACAACAACGGUACAUGAAGGAUAUUCUCAAACGUGCAAGCAUGGUGGACUGCAAGCCAGUAGUCACGCCCGUCUCUUCUACAAAAAUCACCGACAAAGUUGUCGUUCCCUAUGCUGAUCCUACACAAUACAGGAGUCUUGCAGGUGCUCUCCAGUAUCUUACGGUAACUCGUCCUGAUUUAUCUUAUGUUGUUAAUCUCUUGUGUCAACACAUGCAUGCUCCUACUACUACGGACUGGGCCUCUCUAAAAAGAGUCCUGCGGUAUGUCAAGGGCACCAUGAUGCGUAUUUCUCGGUCUACAUCUAUGGAUACUCACGCCUAUGCUGACUCAAAUUGGGCUGGCGAUCCGAAUGAUCGCAAGUCUACCAAUGGCUUUGCUGUGCUCUUGGGCAGUAUUCUUAUAUCUUGGGUUUGUCGGAAGCAACGGACUGUGGCACGUUCCUCAACUGAAGUAGAAUACAAGGGACUAGCUGAUGUAUCUGCAGAGGUUACAUGGCUUGUUUCCCUGUUACACGAAAUCGGCAUACCUCCUGCGUCUCCUUCUCGACUAUGCUAA